GUGCACGAAAUCAGUGCAGUGAGUGUGGUCAGUCUCUCUCGGACGGUGUCAUGCGGGCGAAAUCCUUCGUCACGGUGAAACAACUACAACAUCCGAAUCAAUGAUGUGGGAGGCAGCCGCUACUUGAAGGCAUCCGCAGCCAUUGACAAUUUGGUAUAAUAAAUAUUGUCUUCUGAGAGCAAAGCUGGACUCGAGCUCCUUGAGGAAAGGUGGGAGCUCUGGAGACGUUCCUUGGACUGGCGACACUCGGACAGUGUGUUUGGGGUGUGCACUUGUAGCCAACACCGGACCAGCACCUACCAAAAAAGAGUCUGCCCGCUUCGUUACUUCAAGCUGAUGCACUGUGUCUUGGAAUUACAAGUAAGUCACAAAGUCUGUUGUCUGAAGAGUUUGGUGUACUUAGUUGGCGCUGGGUCGACCUCCGCACCACACGUGCGCUAUAUGGGUGAGCUGCAGACAGAGAACAACGGUACCUCUCGAUAAGAAAGUCAUUAGAGCGGAACAUCUGUCAUACAACACGCCCGUGCAGCCGACGGAGAAGAGAAGGAAGAAUAUGCCCUAAAUAAGCGACAACCAGAUCCACUGCUAGCUCCAGCUACCAUGUGCCAGUAAACAAGGAACCACAACAUGAAAGAGGACGUACCUGCAUUGGGGGGCGAUCGGCGGAGCGGAGAAACGUCGCCGUCGUCAUCCUCAUCAUCGGUGCCUCUCCGUUCCCUGGCGUCGCUGAUCGUUCUCUUCCUGGUGUCGAUCCUGAACCAAGCCGACCGCUGGGUCUUCCCAGCCUUGGCACCAGCUGGUCUAAGAUGCUACGUUCCACCGCCUGACUCCUGCAACACUACAACUACCCCGAGUCCCAAAGUGCUUCCGACUGCAAGCUUUAUGAAUGAAAUCGAGUCUAAAACUACAUCCAGUUACCAACUCUCAUAUUCCGGAGCUGAGGGCUCAAUGUCUUCCUCUUUCCUGGCAACUGGAAACACUUCCGAGAGCAACAGCACUGCGAAUGGAACGUGUGCUAGUGAAGGAUGCAUCGACUUUGAUUCUUAUGAUCAAGGCAUUCUGACUGGGCCAGCGUUCGCCGCCAUCUAUGUACUCUCGGGCAUACCUCUCUCCCGCCUGGCCGACACCUCAUCUCGUUUGCUGGUGCUAUCCCUGGGCCUUUGUCUGUGGUCUGGAACGGUGUUCGCAACGGGAUUUGUGCAGACCAGGUGGCAGCUGUACCUCACACGUCUGAGCCUGGGAAUUGGAGAGGCAACAUGCAGUCCAGUUGCAUACUCGCUACUUGCAGAGUUGUUCUCACCCAAACACCACGCACUGGUCAUCUCCAUCUACAGCGCCGGAACGUAUGUGGGCGCAUCGAUCGGCAACUUGUGUGGUUUCGUUAGCAAUGUGCUGUGCUGGCGGUGGACAUUUCGCAUCCUAGGCCUCACUGGAUUUUCCAUGUUUCCCAUCAUGUUUGCCACCCUGUACAAGAAGCAGCCUCAAGCACCCUCUGUUCGGGUUACUAUCAAUGGAUCAUCAAACGUGAACGACGACUCUCAGUCAUCGGUACAAGCAAAGGGUCGUCGUUACACGGUGAAGGAGACAUUCUUCGAACUGGCUGGCUCCUGGCCAUACAUGAUCAUCACAGUGGCGGCGUCCGUGCGAUUUAUCGGUGGCUACGCGCUGGGUGCCUGGUGUGCGACAUUCUACCGAGAGCACUACGGAGAGCCGCCAAGGAGUUACGGAAUGAAACUGUUCAUUGUGUUCAUGGCUGGCGGAUUACCCGGCUCCAUUCUGGGUGGAUUCAUAGCAGAUAAGACAAUGAAGUAUGGCUUGCACUGGAAGGCGUAUGUCAUUGCGCUCACUCAGGCAAUUGCUGCGCCGCUAGCAGCGGCCAUCUUUCUCAUGCCGACGGCCAUGAUCUCUUACGUCAUGCUGACUGUGUCCUUCCUGUUCUCUGAAGCCUGGAUGGGAGUUGCAGCAUCAAUAGUCCAGGAUGUCCACAAGCCGGCCGUGCGCUGUCAAGCAUCGGCCGUCUACAUAGCCAUCGGCACUCUGGUUGGCUGUGCAGGACCUGUCCUGGUUUCGGCGAUUCUAUCGAAUCAAGAGGACUGCAACAAGAGCUACAAGCUGGCACUGCUCUACAUCGUGCCUACAACGUACCUUGCCAGUGCUCUCCUCUUCUUACUGACAGGCGUUGUCAGGCACUGCCAGAGAACUAACCUGUCAUCUACACCACCAUUGGACCAGGUUUCUCCUCCACAAGCAGCAAUACCGGACGACUUGGUCAGCGAAGCACACCUUUCAGACCAGACAAGCCGACCGGCUUCUAGAAAAACCAAACAUUCCGCCACCGACGGGCCGGAGGUUGAGCAGCAAUGGCUACUGGGCAGUGAAGACGAGGAUGACGCCCCAUGACAUGGAAGAAGAAUGACACACUUGCCAUGGUACACGAUACUCCUCGUCACCCAGAGGAAUAACAGUCCCGGGAAAAUUCACAAAGUCACCUGUGUGGUUCACAUCUCGGCUAGAUUUUAUUCUCAUUUUCCCCAGCAAUUUGAACUUUUGAGACCUUGAGACAACCUUCCUACAUCCUAGUACCAUCCCGCUUCAUUAUUUAUUGGGCUCUAUGAAAUUUGAAUCUCUAUCAAGCCACUCAGGUUACAUUUACCUUAGAGUGCCUUUACCGAUUUUUACGCUCUAAACAGCUCAGAAAGAAUCAAUAUGUUUCUCCGA